CGACCGCUCCUUCCUUCCGCUUCUCUAUGGUGCGCGAGCCGCCGGAAGUGGCUCGCUGGCCGGGACAGGUCGGGGUGCAGUGUGGUGCUUAACAUUAUUAAGCACUCGUGUACCAUCUAAAGCCCUGCUCUCAGAUCAUCUUCGUCGCCUGCCCCAGUGGAGCGCCUCCUGCAUUAAUGUCCACAACCACCUCUGAGGUCUCUGCUGUUUCCUCCUGACCUCACCAAACAACCAUGUCAUCGGAAUCGAGCAAAAAACGAAAGCCCAAAGUGAUCCGAAGUGAUGGAGCUCCAGCUGAAGGGAAGCGUAAUCGUUCUGACACUGAACAGUACUAACAAUGGAGUUACUUCAGGCUGGGAGGAAGGUAAAUACUACAGCGAGGAGGCUGAGGUGGACCUGCGGGACCCUGGCAGAGACUAUGAGCUGUACAAGUACACGUGCCAAGAGUUGCAGAGGCUCAUGGCCGAGAUCCAGGACCUGAAGAGCAGGGGAGGCAAGGAUGCGGCAGUUGAGAUCGAAGAUCGGAGGAUCCAGAGCUGUGUGCAUUUCAUGACUCUAAAAAAGCUUAACCGAUUAGCCCACAUCAGGUUGAAGAAAGGAAGAGAUCAGACUCAUGAGGCCAAGCAGAAAGUGGACGCCUAUCACCUGCAGCUCCAGAACCUGUUGUAUGAGGUGAUGCACCUGCAGAAGGAGAUCACCAAAUGUCUGGAGUUUAAGUCAAAGCACGAAGAAAUCGAUCUGGUCAGCUUAGAGGAGUUUUAUAAGGAGGCUCCUCCAGAUAUCAGCAAGGCGGAAGUCACAAUGGGAGACCCUCACCAGCAAACCCUUGCACGUCUGGACUGGGAGCUGGAGCAGCGGAAAAGGCUGGCGGAGAAGUACCGAGAGUGCCUGUCCAACAAGGAGAAGAUCCUUAAGGAGAUUGAAGUAAAGAAGGAGUACCUGAGUAGCCUCCAGCCUCGUCUCAACAGCAUCAUGCAGGCUUCCCUACCGGUGCAGGAGUACCUGUUUAUGCCCUUCGACCAAGCUCACAAGCAGUAUGAGACAGCCCGACACCUACCACCUCCCCUCUAUGUCCUCUUUGUCCAGACCACUGCGUAUGGGCAAGCCUGUGCUCAUAUGAAAUCCUCCCAGCCCCCUAGACAGGAUAAGACGCUGUCUGUGGCGAUUGAAGGCAGCGUGGAUGAGGCCAAGGCUCUGUUCAAGCCUCCCGAGGACUCCCAAGAUGACGAGAGUGACUCGGAUGCUGAGGAGGAGCAGACCACGAAACGCCGGCGACCCACACUGGGAGUUCAGCUGGACGACAAGCGCAAGGAGAUGCUGAAGAGGCACCCGCUGUCCGUCAUGCUGGACCUGAAGUGCAAAGAUGACAGUGUACUGCACCUGACUUUCUACUACCUCAUGAACCUCAACAUCAUGACGGUAAAAGCCAAAGUGACAACCGCCACAGAACUGAUCACCCCCAUCAGUGCAGGUGACUUGCUGUCUCCUGACUCAGUCCUGAGCUGUUUGUAUCCUGGGGAUCAUGGAAAGAAAACUCCAAAUCCAGCCAAUCAGUAUCAGUUUGAUAAAGUUGGCAUCCUGACUUUGAGGGACUACGUACUUGACUUAGGGCAUCCCUAUUUGUGGGUGCAGAAGCUGGGUGGCCUCCACUUCCCCAAAGAGCAACCCCAGCACACUGUGAUCGCUGACCACUCGCUGAGCGCCAGCCACAUGGAGACCACCAUGAAGCUGCUGAAGACCAGGGUGCAGUCCCGCCUGGCCCUCCACAAGCAGUUUGCCUCCCUGGAACAUGGCAUUGUGCCAGUUACCAGCGACUGCCAGUACCUCUUCCCUGCAAAGGUUGUCUCUCGUCUGGUGAAGUGGGUGACGAUUGCCCAUGAGGAUUAUACGGAGCUGCAUUUUACCAAAGACAUCGUGGAGGCAGGACUGGCUGGGGACACCAAUCUCUACUAUAUGGCACUCGUGGAAAGGGGUACAGAAUCAGAUGCCUGCUCGUCCCCCUCUUCAGGGAAGGGCUGUCACUCUCAGGAUGUGAAGUACAGGACCCUCCUCCCUCUCUGCAGUCCCUGCACUCACUUGGGAGGCAUCGAGAGCUGUGAUUCCUCACAGCUGUCCUGGCAUCUGAUCGGCCAGGGCUUCCUGCUGGAGCCACCCCAAUGCUGGCUGUGGUGCUGUCAUCCGGCCCCAGCCUUGGCAGCUAAGCUCCAGGCUGCCGUGGUGCUGAACCCUGGCUACUCCUCCAUCCCACCCAUUUUCCAGCUCUGUCUGAACUGGAAAGGGGAGAAAACCAACAACAACGACGACAAUAUUCGGGCCAUGGAGAGUGAGGUCAACGUGUGCUACAAGGAGCUGUGCGGCCCCCAGCCCAGCCACCAGCUCUUGACGAACCAGCUGCAGCGCCUGUGCGUGCUGCUGGACGUCUACCUGGAGACGGAGAGCCACGAUGACAGCGUGGAGGGGCCCAAGGAAUUUCCCCAGGAGAAAAUGUGUCUGCGGCUUUUCAGGGGCCCCAGCAGGAUGAAGCCGUUUAAAUAUAACCAUCCGCAAGGAUUCUUCAGCCAUCGCUGACCUCCCACUCGGCCUGUUGUUUCCCCCCAGACCCAACUGCUGCGCCUCUGCUUUCUGCUCCGGCGCACAUGUAGCUCUUGAUAGUCUCCAAAGACAGGUUUUCUAUUUCUAGCCUAUUAAAGUGUCACCUGACCAUG